GACCAAUAUUUUAAUGCCUAAAACUUGGAGUUACUUUCAUAGAACAUUCGAAGAGAGUGGUAUAAAAGUAUAUCAAACUCGUGGCAUUGUGGAGGUACCUGUAAUUUGGAAAUCAUUAGCUGAAAAAGCAGUCGAGAAAAGCCAAUUAAAAAUGAACGAAUUGUUUAAAAAAACCCAAGACUACUACUAUAGCUAG